ACGUGCUCCGCUGGCGCACGCCGCGUGCAGCGUCGACCCCUGCGCUGCCUCCAAGCUCCUCCCGGCGCGGCGGGUCCAGUGCGGGAGCUGAAAUGCGCCCCCUGCUCGGCCUCCUCCUGGUCUUCGCUGGCUGCACCUUCGCCCUGUACUUGCUGUCGACGCGACUGCCCCGCGGGCCGCCACUGGGCUCCGCCGAGGACACUGGAGGCAGGUCACUGUGGUUCCCCUCAGACCUGGCUGAGCUGCGGGAGCUCUCUGAGGUGCUUCGAGAGUACAGGAAGGAGCACCAGGCCUACGUGUUCCUGCUCUUCUGCAGUGCCUACCUCUACAAACAGGCCUUUGCCAUCCCCGGCUCCAGCUUCCUGAACGUUCUAGCUGGUGCUUUGUUUGGGCCAUGGCUGGGGCUUCUGCUGUGCUGUGUGUUGACCUCAGUGGGUGCCACAUGCUGCUACCUGCUCUCCAGCGUUUUUGGCAAACAGCUGGUGGUCUCCUACUUUCCUGAUAAAGUGGCCCUGCUACAGAGGAAGGUGGAGGAGAACAGGAACAGCUUGUUUUUUUUCUUACUGUUUUUGAGACUUUUCCCCAUGACGCCAAACUGGUUCUUGAACCUCUCAGCCCCGAUUCUGAACAUCCCCGUCGUGCAGUUCUUCUUCUCUGUUCUGAUCGGUUUGAUCCCAUACAAUUUCAUCUGUGUGCAGACAGGCUCCAUCCUGUCAACCCUUACCUCUCUGGAUGCUCUUUUCUCCUGGGGAACUGUCUUUAAGCUGUUGGCCAUUGCCCUGGUGGCCUUAGUUCCUGGAACUCUCAUUAAAAAAUUUAGUCAGAAAGACCUGCAUUUGAAUGAAACAAGCAGUGCUAAUCAUCUAAAUAGUAGAAAGGACACGUGAUCUGGAGUUUUUGGUUGCCACGUCCCUGGACUCUGUUAUAGUUUAUUUGUGUAAUGAGUGUGGUCCUCUAAAGGCCCUCAUCGUUUGUUAACUAUUCUCGACAGGUGAUUUGGACUGUUCCUGUGUGUGCAGUGUCUUAUCGUAAAGGCCACUCUGCUCUAGAAGAUGAAUUAGAUCAGGUUCUCAAACGCGUCCUGACUUAAGAGGAUACUCUGCGAAUUGGAGGGCCUUCUGGAAAUCCUGUUUAUAUUUUACCGAGUAACAAGGAACUCAGGAUAGUCUGUUGUAUUUGCCUCCCGCCAGCCCUGAGCUGCCUUGGGAGAGCACGCCGAUUGUCCAGAGUGCCACAUCUGCAGAGUGAUGGGCUGUUGUGACAGUGUUCUCCUGUUAAGUCCCUGGCGGAUGUUAGUAGUGUAAAUGAUGACAUUUGAACCCACAUCGCUGACAUCACUCUUCACCUUGUUAGUCUCUUAAUUGUGUUUCUUUGUACUUUUUUGCUGAUGACCUACCUCAUCCAUAAACCAAGGGAAAUAAGCUGAGGAACUGCGUAGAACUUCCACAUACAGCUCAAAUGCACAAUGAUUUCUGUGAUGCUCUUUGUGUCCAGACACAGUGAUGUUACCAUGUAUGUCACAUCUACUCUUUGUUGCAUGUCCUGACCAUUAAGCUGAUUGCAAACAGACUAUUAAAUAUGAAUGGAGCAACCUCUGUAUGUUACGGAUAUGUUCUGGAGAAAUUCUUACCCAUCUGGAAAGGGCAGAGCCAGGCCCUUCACUCACUGAACCAAAUGGGGGUGAGGAGGUGGCCAACUGGACUUGAAAUAUGUGGCUCUGUGUGUUCUGGAGUAGAUAGGGAAGGUGACACGAGAGCUUUUCUACACUAUUGCAAGUGUGUGUCCUUUGCCCUUUAUCAGGGUUCGUAGAUUUCUCUCUCUCCCUCUCCCAUGAUUUUGCAACAACGUGCCUUAUCAGUUGUGAGUUUGCAGGCAAAGCAGUUUCCCAAAUAAAUGGAUAUAAAUGUUC